AUGGGCUAUAUAUCCAAGCACGCUCUUCAGAACCUCAAGCAGUACCAGUACAAAGGUGUAGACAAGUCGAUAUUAUCCAGAUAUGUGCUUAAUCCAUUUUGGAAUCAACUCGUGAAGCUAUGGCCAAAGUCUGUCGCCCCGAACACUAUCACCUUGACGGGUCUUUCACUCGUGUUUAUCAACUUUUUGAUGUUGUUGUAUUAUGACCCUUACUAUCUUACGGCCAAGCAUGGUGUUGAUAUGCCGAGAUGGAUUUAUUUCACGUGGGCUGCUGGACUGUUUAUGUAUCAGAGCCUUGAUGCAAUUGAUGGAAAACAAGCUCGACGAACACAAAUGUCAGGGCCGUUAGGAGAGAUGUUUGAUCAUGGUUGUGACGCCAUUAACACGACGCUCGGAGCUAUCCUUACUUGCUACGCACUCAACUUGGGACGUUCCUGGUGGACUAUCGCCUCGCAAGUCGCUUCUCUGGCUAACUUCUAUCUCACUACCUGGGAAGAAUAUCAUACUGGUCAAUUAUUCCUUGGUGUCUUCUCUGGUCCAGUGGAAGGAAUUUUAAUGAUUGUAGGACUGUUUAUCGUCACCGGGUUUUAUGGACCUGAAUUUUGGGACCAAGGAAUCCUGUCCAUCCUCCAUCUCGGAAGCCUCACCAAUAUUCUGCCCGACGUCCCACUGAAUAUAGUAUUCCUGUACUUCGGUGGUGUUGGGCUGGCAUUUAACAUCUUCACAUCGUACCGGAACGUCCACCAGCGCUUCCUCUCUUCUUCCUCCUCCAAACCUUCUCCGUCCUCUUUCACUCCACGUGGGUCCCAAUCCUCGUUAAUCCGUCCAACUCUCCGUCUCCUCCCUUUCCCCCUGGCAGUCUCCCUCCAACUCCUCUGGCUCUAUGCACCUACACCAAAGCAGUCAAUGAUCUUAUACUCCCCACUAUUCGUCCCCUUCAUGUGCGCUUGGGGCCUCCAGUUCGCACAUCAAGUCGGACGGAUGAUCCUCGCACAUCUAACGAAGAGGAAGGACAUGCCGUUCUGGGAGUGGAUGUGGAUUUGGACAGUACUAUGUGUGGUAGACGCAAACGCUGAGACUGCUUUAGGGAGACCACCAAUCAUCCAAACAACAUACACCCGCACAACCUUGCUCGUCCUCACGACCCUUCUCCUGUCAUUCCUCACAUAUGCCCGCUUCGUAUACGUCGUCAUCAACGACAUCACGAACUUUCUCGGCAUUGCAUGCUUCACGGUCCGCAAAAAGGACUCCAGCGGCGUGUGGCGUAGUUCUAUACCCGAGUCACCUACAAUGGAGGUUGACGCACAGACGAACGGAAAUAUCAACGCAAAGGGCAAAGUAGAGUAGACGUAGAAGUACGAAUUUAUGCGUGGACUUGUACGUGGCGUAUGUAGAUAUUAGGUAGACUUGUUUUGAUGCUUCUUAUAUGCUUUUUGUUGUUGUCG